AUGGCUCGUGGUCAUCAAAAAUUCCAAUCACAACAAAGGAAUUUGAAGAAACAAGAAGAAUUGAGAAAGCAGAAGGGAAGUGAUCAAAAAGCCGCAGCACAGAAGGCACUAACUCACAAGUGCACUGUGUGUAUGGCUCAAAUGCCCGAUCUGAAGACGUACAAACAGCACUUUGAAUCGAAACAUCCUAAGGCGACAAUGCCUGCUGAAUUGGUUGAUGUACAAGCGUAA